AUGGCACGGCUACGGUUUCGCCGCCCUAGUCGAAACUCCUCAGAUAAGGAGCGGGAGACAUUGAUUGAGGCGACACCUGAGGAGAAUUCGCCUUAUGCCGAAGUAAGGGCCGCUGUUCCUAACACUGAUGAUCCAGAUCUGCCACAAUCGACAAUUAGAAUGUGGGUUUUAGGCACUCUUGUGGUGACCUGUUUGAGUGGGGCCAACAUGAUUUUUUUCUUACACUCGCCGACUGCUACACUGACUCCCUACAUUGGGGCCAUUAUUGCUUGGCCACUUGGCCGUCUAUGGGACGUUUUAGUGCCCAAUUACAAAAUUUUUGGGAUGGAGCUUAACCCGGGUCCGUUCAACAUCAAGGAGCACUGUCUGAUUGUUGUGAUGGCUUUGAACUUGGGCGUGGGAGUAGGAUAUGGUCCAGAUAUUAUUGUGACAUUGCGGGAGUUUUACCACAAUUCUCUGGGAAGCAAUUGGGGGUUCGAGAUCAUGUUGGUUCUUUCGACCCAGCUCGUGGGGUUGGGUCUCAGUGGCUUCGUUCGACGAAUCCUAGUGUAUCCUGCUGCUAUGAUUUGGCCACCAAACCUGGUUACAGUCACGUUUUUGACAAAUAUCCACAUGAAGUACAACCAUAUUGCGAACGGUUGGAAAAUCAGCCGUCUCAAGUUCUUUUUAAUCGUAGCUGCAGUGGGCUCGUGCUACCAAUGGUUUCCAUCUCUGUUGGCUCCUUUCCUAUCAGACUUUGACUUUGCAGCGUGGAUCGCCCCGAGCAAUAUUAUUAUCAACCAAAUUUUUGGCACCAUCAGUGGAUUAGGCCUCUUCCCUAUCGGAUUUGACUGGAACCAGGUGGCGGGCUUCCUAGGGUCUCCUUUAAUUCCUCCCCUGGGAACUUUGAUCAAUAUAGGCGCGGCAAUGGUUACCUUCUUUUGGUUAGUUGUUCCAAUCGUCCAUUAUUCCAAUGUGUGGUGGGGCCAUUAUCUACCCAUGGUCGGCAAUGCCGCUAUGGACAGAUACCAGCAGUCGUAUGAUGUGACCAAAGUGCUUCGAGACGGCAAUUUUGAUCUCGACAAGUACCAGAGCUACUCCCCAUUGUUUUUGCCGACCUCAUUUGCCAUCUCAUAUGGUAUGGCAUUCUCUGUAUUGGUGGCUACAGUUGUUCAUUCUCUGCUUUUUGACUCUGCUGACGUUUUCCGUUACUGGAAAACGUCCCUGAAUGAUGACGAUGAUGUCCAUAUGCGACUUAUGCGAUCUUAUAAAGAACCUUCUCUCUGGUGGUAUGGUGGUCUGGUCGUGAUCUGCGUUGCCGUUCUGCUAGCAAUGGUGCUACACUUCCCUACCGGUCUACCGGCUGGUUAUCUCUUUCUGGGACUUACCAUAUCGGCUGUUAUGCUGGUGCCGAUUGCCAUCAUCUAUGCGACCACAACUAUGCUCAUUGGUCUCAAUGUAAUCGCAGAGUUCAUGAUUGGUUACAUGCUUCCGGGAAGGCCACUUGCAAUGAUGCUGUUCAAGGCCAUUGUCUACUAUACUAACUUCAUGGCAAUCAAUUUUGCCCAGAGCAUGAAACUGGGGCAUUAUAUUAAGCUCUGUCCUAAAACACUGUUUUGGGUGCAAUUUAUGGGUGCAGUUCUGAGCGGCAUCUCACAGGUGGCCGUCAACUAUUGGGUGACUACAGGAAUAGACCAGAUUUGUGAAACCAACCAGGCACUAGGCUAUACCUGUGCAUCCACGCGAACAUUUUUCGUGAGCAGCAUCAUUUGGGGUUUGAUUGGUCCUGAAAGACACUUCAAGAUCUAUACGGGUAUCCUGAGCUUUUUCAUAGUAGGCGCUGUGCUACCUUUGCUUUCUUGGUUGUGGCUCAAAAAGUGGCCCCGCUCAGUUAUGCGUUUCAUUCACUGGCCAGUAUUUUUCAGUGCUUCGGGAAUGCUCCCCCCAGCAACGCCCUACAACUACAACCUCUGGCUUGCAGUUGGACUGUUUUUUGGCUUCUGGGUCCGCAAAAAUUGGUUCAGCUGGUGGGCAAAGUAUAACUACACUCUUUCUGCUGCCCUUGAUUUGAGCGUUGCCGUAGGUCAAGCGCUUAUUCUCGCCGUAAUGCAAGGCAGAGGGAUCAAUGCCCCCGACUGGUGGGGGACGGUUGGAGCAUACAACACGGUGGAUGCUCGGUCUGAGCCUUUGGUGCAAUUACAACCAGGACAAUAUUUUGGGCCAAGCAAAUGGUGA